AAGGCGAAGUGAUUACCAUGGCCGUGCAUCGCAGCCCAUUCAGUCUUCUUCUCGCGUUGUGUUAUGGUUUUGCGGUGAUUCAGGGGGGAAUAGUGCGGAGAAAUGUCGAGGGAAAGCCGGCACGCACCUGCGGAUACGGUGGCUGUCCCAAAACCCACCCCGAAAAAUUGAACGUGCAUCUAGUCCCGCAUUCGCAUGACGAUGUCGGAUGGUUGAAGACUAUUGACCAGUAUUUUUACGGAUCCCGACAAGAGAUCCAGAUAGCGAACGUUCAAUCGAUCAUCGAUACCGUCAUACAGGCGCUGAGGAAAGACCCCGAAAGAAGAUUUAUAUACGUCGAGACAGCAUACCUAUGGAAAUGGUGGAACCUCCAAGAUGCUGAGGUCCAGAGAGAAGUGAGAGCCUUCAUAAACGAAGGCCGUCUGGAGAUUAUCGGCGGCGCGUGGAGCAUGAAUGACGAGGCCACGACGCAUUAUCAAUCGAUCAUCGAUCAAUCAACUUGGGGAUUCAGACGGUUAAACGACACCUUCGGAGAAUGCGCAAGACCGAAGAUUGGCUGGCAGAUAGACUCCUUCGGUCAUUCCAGGGAACAGGCAUCCAUCUUCGCCCAGUUUGGAUUUGACGCCUUGUUCUUCGCUCGCCUAGACUGGGAGGACAAGGAGCGCAGGUUGAAAGAGAAAACUGCUGAAUUUGUUUGGAAAGCUAGUCCAAAUCUAGGUGAAAAAGUGAAUUUAUUCUCAGUGGCAUUAUAUAAUCAUUAUAGUGCACCCCCCGGGUUCUGUUUUGACAUUCUGUGUCAGAAUCGCUCGCUGGAUGAUCAAUCCCCGAACGGAAGUCAAAAUACUGAACGCAAGAUCAACGACUUCUACAGCUACAUUCUGAGACAAGCAUCGCAUUACCAAACGAACAACAUAAUCCUGACGAUGGGCGAUGACUUUCAUUACCAGCAAGCGGAGAACUACUUCAGCAACAUGGACAAGUUGAUAAGAUACACGAACGAAUUGUACGGCAAGGACGUCAACGUCUUCUACUCGACGCCAUCCUGCUACGCGAAAUCCUUGAACGAGGCCAACAAAACCUGGACCACAAAGUCCGACGACUUCUUUCCCUACAGCCACAACGAGCGUUCCUUCUGGACGGGCUACUACACCUCCCGUCCGACCCUGAAAUACUUCGAGCGACUCGGAAACAACUUCCUACAAGUCGCGAAGCAGCUGACAGUCCUGUCGAAGCAAGCAGACAGCGAAGACCUGCAGUUCUUCCGAGAGGUGAUGGGCGUCAUGCAGCACCACGACGCCAUAACGGGAACGGAGAAGCAGCACGUGGCUGACGACUACGCCAAGUUCCUGCACGAGGGGAUAACCCGAGGGGGGAACAUCACCUCGAGCUCGAUAUCUCAGCUGUCGGCUCAAGGAGACCCUCCGGGGAAGCAGGACCCCUUCGAAAGCUGUCUGUCAUUGAACAUCAGCGCGUGUGCGCCUACGGAGAACUCCACGACCUUCGUCCUGACGCUGUACAACCCUCGGAGUCAGCCGUCAUCAACUUACGUUCGUCUGCCGGUCACAGGGAAGAGCUACACCAUCAAAGAUCACCUCGGAGUCGAAGUCCUGAAUCAAUUGGUCCCGAUUCCGCUUCCAGUUUCCAAAAUCCCCGGACGGAACAGCAGCGCAUCUAGAGAACUGGUGUUCCGAGCAGCUGACCUUCCCCCACUUGGCUACCAAUCCUACCACAUCACUGAGAGAGCAGGCGAAAAUGUGGCUGACGACAUCACGCCUGAAGCUGAAGUCUCCUCGAUAGGAAGGGCCCACAACAUCUCGGUCCACGACAACGGGAAUGUCAUGAUAGAGUGGAAGAAUGAAGACUUGAGAGUCAUCCAGUCGAUGAACUAUUACAACGGAGGGAAGAAGUACUACUCGUCUGGAGCCUACCUCUUCCGGCCGCAGAACUCAACCCUCUACAGCUUCAGCUACAACGGAUCCUUCAAGUUCUACAAAGGGGCUCUCGUCGAGGAGCUGCAUCUGACGGUCAACGACUACGUGAGUGAGGUUGUCCGGGUUUACGAUAAGGACGAGAAAGUCGAGGUCGAGUGGAUGGUUGGGCCCAUCCCGGUGGACGACAACGUCUCUAAGGAGGUCGUUGUCAAGUACUCGAGCAAUCUUGAGUCCAAAGGAAGCUUCUUUACUGACAGCAACGGAAGAGAGAUGAUGAAAAGGGUCAGGAACUCGAGGCCGACUUGGAAUAUAAGUCUGCUGUUGGAGCCGGUGGCUGCCAAUUACUACCCAGUGACAACGAAGAUAUCGUUGGAGGACGAAGGUAAGAAAUUGAGACUGAGUGUGCUGAAUGAUAGGGCCCAGGGGGGCAGCAGCAUCAACGAUGGGGAGCUGGAGGUGAUGCUGCAUAGGAGACUACUCCAAGAUGAUCGUUUGGGCGUCGGCGAGGCGCUGAAUGAAGAGGCUUUUGGAACCGGUGUUGUUGCGAGGGGAGUGCAUCAUCUUGUGGGGAGUAGUCUGGUGGAUCUUGAUGCUUCUACCGCGAGGGAGAAGGCGCUGGCGAAGGGCCUUGCGUUGAGACCUUGGGUCUUCAUCACUCCGGCGGAGAAUGUGACCUUUGCUGAGUGGAAAAUUAGUCAUCACAUGCAGUUCAAAGGACUGAGCACGAACUUGCCACCUAAUGUCCACAUUCUCACGUUGGAACCGUGGAAGGAGGGCCAGAUUCUUCUGAGGUUGGAACACAUUUUCGAGAUUGAAGAGGCGAAGGAACUCUCGAAGCCCGUUGAAGUCAAUCUUCUGGGUCUCUUCGCGAAUUUGGUCAUCAAAGAAGUUAGGGAGACCACUCUGGGGGCUAAUCAGUGGAUUGGGGACAUGCGUCGCCUAGAGUGGGUGAUUCAUUCAAAUGAAAUUCAUGAAGAAUUUCAAAAGCCGAAUGGAUCAUUACCUGUGAUCAAUGGAACGAUUACUGUUCUUCUCCGGCCGAUGGAGAUUCGAACCUUUAUCAUCUCCGUUCAAUAGUGUAUUAUCAUAAGGCCAAUUGUGUCUUUUCUCACAACGAGAAAUGUAAAUUCAAAAUUUUUCCAAUGAACAUCAAAAUACUCAAAAUAACUGACGAUCAAACUCGUUCUCCAUUGUAAUUUCGUUCUCCUAUUAUUGUAAAUAAACUGAAAAACAAUUGAAGUUCACUCAAAUUCCUCUACAA